UAUAAAGCCUUUCUGCAUGCCAGCAAGAGACAGAAUUUUAUCACAAUCCAAGCCCUACUGCUUUAGUUUGCAUGAGCAAGAAGAUUUGCUUGAAGAUACACUGAAACUCGAACCCAGGCUGGUUUGUUUGCCAGCCAGUGCUUCACAGCUGUCAACCUGAGUCGCAAGUGGCAGCUACUGUGAGUAGCUUCUGUGCAUUAUGAAGAAUUUUUCAUUUCCUAUGCAGGAUAACACACGUCAGACUGAGAGUCCUCCUCCUCACAGAUUCCUGAGUUUGACAAAUCAGUCAGACCCUAUUGGAAGACCAGAAAGAGAUGAGCAGUUAGCUCAAGUAGAGAUUGCUGUACUGGGGGUCAUAUUUCUGACAGCGUCUGUGGGCAAUUUUAUUCUCAUACUGGUGCUGUGGCGAAGAAGAAAGAAGCUGUCUAGGAUGUAUGUGUUCAUGCUUCACCUCAGCAUUGCUGACUUAGUAGUAGCCUUUUUCCAAGUGCUGCCUCAACUCAUAUGGGAUAUUACAGAUGUUUUCAUAGGGCCAGAUUUCUUGUGCAGAAUUAUCAAGUAUCUACAAUUGCUGGGCAUGUUUGCCUCUACUUAUAUGAUAGUGGUCAUGACAGUGGACAGAUAUCAAGCCAUUUGCUACCCUAUGGUUACUUUCCAAAAGAAGAGAGCUCUCUGGAACAUCCCCAUUUGCACCAGCUGGUCUAUAGCACUGAUUCUUAGCCUACCGCAGGUAUUUAUCUUUUCUAAGACUGAAAUAUCUCCAGGCGUCUUUGAAUGUUGGGGUGAAUUUAUUCAGCCCUGGGGCCCAAGGGCAUAUGUGACUUGGAUUUUUGUAGUUAUAUUCUUCAUUCCCUCAGCAAUCCUUAUCACAUGCCAGGUCAAGAUUUGCAAAAUAAUCGGAAGAAAUAUAAAUGUGAAAAAACAGAAUGAAUGUGAAGCAACAAAUCAGAAUGAAGUCCUACCAUCCCGAGCAAGCAGUGUGAACUGCAUUUCAAAGGCUAUGAUCAAGACAGUAAAAAUGACAGUGGUGACAGUUGUUGCGUAUGUUCUCUGUUGGUCACCGUUCUUCAUUGCGCAGCUGUGGUCUGUGUGGUUCCCCAGCAUCCUGACCGAAGGUUCAGCAUUCACCAUUAUCAUGCUCCUUGGCAAUCUAAAUAGCUGCACCAACCCAUGGAUUUACAUGUAUUUCUGUGGCCAGAUUCCAUACUGCACAAAUAAGCAGCUGGAGAAUACUGCGGCUCAAGGGGAAUCAGUGUUCACGGGGAGCAUUCAUCUUGUAGACAGAGACCCUGAGGAAAACAGUACUUCUGCAUAAAUGCUGAGAGCUUUUUGUUGUUUUGUCACAUUCCCUCUGUUCACAAGACAUAUCGAUAUUUUACCACCAUCCCUUAUUUUGUGGAUAAGGAAGCUAAAAAAUUUUUUGUCGUAAAAAUAUAUUUCUCUGCAGUUCUGUAGCAUAUACAGGAAGUUUCUGUGUUGUGCAAGCCUGACUCAGUGCUUCAAUCCCCACUGUCUUAUCAGAAUGAAUUCCUGUAAAGACUGACAAAGAUACAUAAAAGUAUCUUAGAUAUUUUGUGUCCUAAAGUACUUUCCUAUCUGUGUUUCUGGAUUUCUAAGUAGUAAAAUUUUACCACUAACUGGUCCAACAAAUUGAAACAUAACUGAAAAGGAACCUGACAUAAUUAAACUUGAAUAUGUUUUCAGAGUGAACCCUGAAUUGUUCAUCAUUCUGGUGUGAUUGGGGGACAGUGAGAAAUCUUGAGAAGGCAGCACAAAGUUAGAAAAAGCUUUUGCCAGCUCUUACUAGCACCUGGUUUAAAUUAACUCUUUAUAUACAUGUAUAAAAUUCCAAGCAGCUUAAUAUAAUUAAAAAAAAAAAAUAAAAGAAUUUGGUGUGCUUGUGACAUUGAACACCUACUUCAGUUUCAAAUUCCAUUGUGGAUCACAGGUAGCAGCAGCAUAGCAACAGUUCAGGUUUUUUGCUUCAUAUCAUGGGAUUUGAUUUUCCAUGCAUUUCCUGAUGUGCAAGCAGUUAACUGGGCACCUAAACACACUCCCUACACACACAUAUAUACAUACUUUAAAUAAAAGUGGUUGAUAAGAGUGUACACUUUCAUUUGGCAUACAGACCCAUUUGUUCUAGCAUGCAAUUUAUUGGCAGAGAACCAAUUAUUAUUCUAUUCCUUAGUACCCCUUCAGGCUCAAAUUCGAAUAUUUCCCUUUGCUGUAAAAAAAAUCUCCACAUCUUUAUCUCAAAAAGCCAUUUGGUUGCUGGUUUGUUGGUGAUAUAUGCAGGUAGCUGUUUAUUUCCUUUCAAUGUCUGCAAUCUGGUCAGAGGAGUAUGGAAGGGAUAUCAGCAAGGCUCUUUCGGGUGAGAAUGGAGCUGCAUUCCCAGGGAUUCUUUGUGGCACUUACAUCUGGUGGCAUAUAAUGUGUCUACAUUAUACUGUCUUUCAUCACAUUUCAGUUUUCUGAGUGCUAGCAGUCACAAAUAUCAGUAGAAAAGAUAUAAAAUUGUGGGGUUUUAAUAUUCUUUAAAUUGUAUUCAAAGAAAUACUGAUUUAAGCUAAAUACUGAUCACACUGUGAGAAGUUCUGCUGUACAGUGAAUAGUUACGCUUCAGGUUAAUCCGUGCUGAUAUGAGCGCAUAUUCUGUGAUUUCUAUUCCCUGUAUAGAGUUAGACCAGAUGGGGGAAAGAACUAAAUAUUGCUGUUCUUUAUGAUGGGAAAAGCUUGUGUCCCAGUCCAGCUGACAAGAAGAACAGGUGUCUGGCCUUUAGGAAGAGGAAAAAGUGGGUGAAGGUAGUACCAAAGCCAGACAGGAAUGGGAAGGGUCUGUAUGAAGUCUCUUACUAUAAUUACAACUGAUAGUUUUGCUUGCUGUUUUUCCCGUCUCUUUAAUUAGUAGUUAUUAAUUCUACCCCACAAAAAAUUCCCUGUUAGAGCAAUUCUGUAACUCAAGUGAAUGUCCUUAUCUGGGGUAAGAAUAUCCAAGAUACAAUCCAUAUGAUUGAUAGGAUAUUGAUACAGUCACUCACUGACUUUCUAAGACUUUCAGUCAAUUAGCUCUCAGUGAAGUUCUCCCUUAUGACUUAAUCCAAUGGUUAAUGGUGGGGUUCCUUUGAUUGUAAUUAGUUACAUAGCAUAAUAUGCAGACUUGAAAGGAACUGUAAACAGAAAUGUUGCAAGGAAUUGCCUGUGUCACUGUACUACUGUAUUGGUAGCAAAACUCCACAAAAAGUAUUCAUUUGCAAGGAAAACAGGCAUUCAGAUUGUGUGCAAAGAAUCAUCCAGAUCCAGAACUGAUGGAAGUCACAGUUCUUCUUGGAUACCACAGUGGAGCUGUGCCAUUUGACACCACCCGAUCUGACCACUGAUAGAAGUUAAAAGUGUAACUUCUACUACUUAUAUUUCUGCAUUGCUGAUAUAUUUGUUACUGACUCUAUAAAUAAUUUGGUAGAGAUGGAUUUUGCGAAUAACAGUAGCUCAAUGUCUUCACUAAAAGUCUGAGAGCAAUGUUAACUGUCCGUGUCUCAGAUAUUUUGAUCAUGUAUUGAAUGAAAUGUCAGAACUUCUUAAGUCCAAUUACAGUCUGUAAUAUUCAAAACAAUUAUAUUUUUGUCUCUCAAGUGCUUUCUUUCUAAUUUUUUCAUUUUCGUUCCCCUGAUAUCAGUCCUGCUCUUAAAAAGAAAAUUAAAGAUUACUGUACUACUGUGCAAACUACAGGCUAGGGUCACUUUUAGUUUCAGUCUGUCAGGAGGUAUUUGAACAUGAGUGUUCCUGCUUUUCCUCUUAGUAGAAUGAAUUGGGCUGCAUUUUCCAGAUGUAAGUCCCUAUCCCGCAUGCCCUGCCUUGGGUAGCACCGACAAACACUCUCAGUGGGGAGUUUGGUUCAGGUCCACUUUUUUCUAUCAAAACUCAUUUUCAAAUGAUGGGAAAUUCAUUUGGGUAACUUUUUUCCUUUUCCUUUUUUUUUUUU